UUGGUGAAAGCAAACGUUGGCCACUCUUCACCGCCCGGUCUAUACGAUGAGUUCGUUUGGCUAGGAGGAAAGCAGAAGAAUUAUCCAUCAAGCCGAGAAUGGUCGUGGGCCGAUGGAAGGACUAUGAGCUAUACACAUUGGAAUGGUGGAGAGCCUAACAAUAAAGACGGAAACGAGCGAUGCAUGCAGCUUUUCAAUACACUGGAAAACAGAGAUUACACGAUCUACAUGGUGCCGAGAACGUGGAAUGAUGUCGACUGCAACCGGAAAAUGAGGGCUUUUGUGUGUAAAAGAUAA